GAGUUGGCAUCAUCGGUUGGAUUGGCAUAAAAUAUUGUGGUCCCGGUAAAAACAAAACAUCAAAAUGGUUGAACGAAUUGAAGAUUUAAAUUUGCCAAAUGCCGUGAUUACGCGGCUCAUCAAAGAUGCUCUUCCGGACGGCGCAAGUGUAAGCAAAGAAGCCCGCGCAUCCAUAGCACGAGCCGCCUCGGUAUUUGCCAUUUUUGUGACUUCAACGUCAACGGCUCUGGCACAUAAGCAAAACCAUAAGACUAUUACGGCAAAGGAUAUCUUGGAAACCCUCAGCAAAUUGGAUUUUGAGAGUUUUAUUCCGUCGCUGUCGCAGGACCUGGAGGCGUAUCGCAAAAUGGUCAAAGAUAAAAAGGAAAGUAAGGCCAGCAAGAAGGAUGCCAACAUGCCCAGCAAUGCUGAAGAUGCAACAACAAUAAAAGCCACUAACAACGAAAGUGCCAAUGAAUGAAGUGGAAAUCAGUUAUUUUUAUUUUAAUUUAUUUACAUAAACAAAUGUUCCUAAAAUGAACUAUUUGUAUAUGAGUGAAUUCCGAAUUAAAUUAAGCAAAUAUUUCAUAUAUAUUAUAAAA